GUAUUUUUUAUAGUCUAUGGAGUAGACGCGACAUUUGCCGCAAGUAGAAAGGAGUGGAGCGAUUGAGAACGAAAACGCUUCUUUCAUGUGGAUUACUUCUGGAAAAAAUAAACCCCUACCAAAAGCGGAAACUAGCUAAUACAUCAGGAACAACAUCAAAGACUGGAAUUAUACGGUCGCUGUCUACAGGACCCAACCCAUGAUGUACAGCGCCUGCUCUACAGUCCCACCCACUUCCUGUCUGUAGAGGAAGCGGCUCCACCAGUAUGUCUUCCCACCCCCAGUCUGUGCCUCAGGGCCGGAGGGCUGUGGACACCCGCCACCUGCCAAACCCUGCCAGUCUACCACUGCAGCUGGCACGGGCACACACGGAUGUGGGAUUGGCGGACUAUCACCCUCACUCUCGGGACUACAGCUCCCACCUGGCUCAGCCCCACCGCCGCAGACCCUCUCUACUGUCCGAGUUCCAGCCAGGGAAUGAGAGAGGUCAGGAGCAACACAUCCGCUAUGAGCACAUAUACCUGCCCGAUCCCAACAGCCUAUCAGAGGUGGAAUAUGCUGAGAUGAAGCGUCCUCGGCUGGACAUGGGGGCGGAGUCUCUCAUGAGGCACUCAGCCCACCGCCCACAACUUCCUCUGGGAGGGGCAGAGGACAUGUCAAAGGACCGGGGCAGCUCCAUGGGGAAGCUGGAGCCAAUCUCCCCCGUCAGCCCGGCCCAGAUGGACCCUGAUCUGGACCUGGUGCCAGCCCGCUUCUCCAAGGAGGAGCUCAUCCAGAACAUGGAUCGUGUGGACCGGGAGAUUACAAUGGUGGAGCAACAGAUCUGCAAGCUACGCAAGAAACAGCAACAACUGGAGGAGGAGGCAGCAAAGCCCCAGGAGCCGGAGCGGUCCAUGAUCUCCCCUCCGCCCAGCGAGGCCAAGCACCGUAGCCUGGUGCAGAUCAUCUACGACGAAAACAGGAAAAAGGCAGAGGAAGCUCACUGGAUUCUGGAAGGACUGGGACCCCGAGUAGAACUGCCUCUGUACAACCAGCCCUCUGAUACCAAGCAGUACCAUGAGAACAUCAAAAUAAACCAGGCGAUGAGGAAGAAGCUCAUUCUUUACUUCAAGAGGAGAAAUCAUGCUCGUAAGCAGUGGGAACAGAAGUUCUGCCAGCGCUAUGACCAGUUGAUGGAGGCCUGGGAGAAGAAGGUGGAGCGCAUUGAGAACAACCCCCGGCGCCGAGCCAAGGAGAGCAAGGUGCGCGAGUACUACGAGAAACAGUUCCCUGAGAUCCGCAAGCAGAGGGAGCUGCAGGAGCGCAUGCAGAGCCGGGUGGGGCAGCGUGGAGGGGGAUUGGCCUCGUCUUCAGCCCGCAGUGAACACGAGGUCUCUGAGAUCAUCGACGGCAUAUCAGAGCAAGAGAACACCGAGAAGCAAAUGCGUCAGCUGGCGGUCAUCCCACCCAUGCUAUUUGACGCAGAGCAGCAACGUAUCAAGUUCAUCAACAUGAACGGCCUGAUGGACGACCCCAUGAAGGUGUACAAGGACCGGCAGGUCAUGAACAUGUGGAGCGAGCAGGAGAAGGCCACCUUCCGUGAGAAGUUCAUCCAGCACCCAAAAAACUUUGGCCUGAUUGCUUCUUUCCUGGAGAGAAAGACGGUGGCAGAGAGCGUCCUCUUCUACUACCUGACCAAAAAGAACGAGAACUACAAGAACAUUGUGCGCAGGAACUAUCGGCGCCGUGGCAGGAGCCAGCAUGGCCAGCAGCAGCAACAACAACUGCAGGUGAACCGCAGCAGCCAGGAGGAGAAGGAGGAGAAGGAGAAAGAGAAGGAGGGAGAGAAGGAUGAGGAGAAAACUGAGGGGGAAGACAAGGAGGAUGUAAUGAAGGACGACACCUCCGGCGAGGACGGGGAGGACAAAGAGCCCACGGUGGCUUUCAAGGGUCGACGCACGGCCAACAGCCAGGGCCGGCGCAAGGGCCGCGUCACCCGCUCCAUGACCAGCGAGGUGGAGGAGACCGCCACUCCACCGCUCAGCAGCGAACUCGCCAAUCUGGAGAUGAAUGAGAGCUCUCGCUGGACUGAAGAGGAGAUGGAAACUGCCAAAAAAGGUCUUCUCCAGUAUGGUAGGAAUUGGUCAGCCAUCGCCAAGAUGGUUGGCUCCAAAACUGUGUCACAGUGCAAGAACUUCUACUUCAACUACAAGAAAAGGCAGAAACUGGAUGAGAUUCUGCAGCAGCAUAAAAUGAAAUCGGAGAGGGAGCGUAAGGCGCGGCGUAAAGGCAAAGCCCUACAAAGUGAAGAGGCCAGCGCUCCGUCUGCUGCCGAGGAAGAGGAGAUGGAGGGUUCCGGAGCCAGCGGCAACGAGGAGGAAGCUCCCGAGGAUGGAGAAGGUGGGGCUAACAACAGCUCAGACACAGAGAGCCUGCCCUCUCCGCGUUCCUCUGAGGACAGCAAGGUUAAAGAGGAGGGUGGCGGUAGGGCCAAGGCUGGCUCCAAACCUGGGGACAAGGAGGCCUCAGGCUCCCACAUGGUCCAGGGAGGAGAUGAAAAGCCCCCAGGAGAUGGGGACAAGGCCAUCAAGCAGGAGGUGAAGACUGAAGCAGGGGAGGGUAGCAAGGAGCUACCCAGUGAAUCCACAGACGGAGACAGAAAGCCCCCCACUGCAGAGGCAGAGGAGAGCAAGAGCUCCUCCAAGAGCUCCAAGAGGGACCACGAGCCCAAGACUGGCUCCCAUGCAGACAGUGACUCUAGCGCCACCUGCAGCGCUGACGAGGUGGAGGAGUCGGAGAACACCGAGAAGAACAGGAUGACGUCCCCAAACCGGCCCAGCCUUCUAAACUAUGCUCAUGAUGGGGUCAUCUCCUCCCCCCUGCAGAAGCCCAUGGACCUGAAGCAGCUCAAACAGAGGGCUGCGGCCAUCCCCCCUAUUAUGCCUCAGAUCCCGGAGGGUGGCCCGCGGGGUGGGGUUGGUAAGGCCGUGCUGCCCCCCCAUGCCCUGGCUCUCUACCAGCAGCAGAUCACCAUGGCCCACGGAGAGUCCUCCCAGGAGGCCAAGCAGCAGCAGCAUGCAGGUCAGCCCAGCAAACAGCACCCUUACCCAGCGCAGGGUGACAGAGACCCCCACAACAUCAGCAGCCCCCGUGUCCGCCCACGCAGCCCCUCCACCAGCGACAAGGACGAGCUGGAAGGCAACGAGAGGUGGCUGCAGACUCUACUUCACGGAUUACAUAAGUCCCGGGCCUUCUCUCCUCACGGAGACCCUAAGAAGCAGGCGGUGGGGCCAGAGGACCUGAGGGCCACUACUCUGGGCCGGCCUGUCAUGUCCCCCUACCCAAUGUCCCCUCGAGACAUGGCCAAGCUCAGCCACGAUCAACACCUGCUCCACUAUAACUCAUCUUUCCAGCAGGUUGGCCACUCUGGACCCCCUGGUCUGCAGCAGGAUGGCAUCAGGUUGGCAGCGGUGCGCCCCCUCCACAUGCCAGAGCCACCCCCUCUCAUCUCCUCCAACAAGCCAGGGGGGUCUAUCACACAGGGAACCCCAGUGCAGCUUCAUAGCCCGGCUCACGGGAUGGACCAUGGGAAGAUGCCCCCUGCACAGAUGGGUUUGUCCUGGAUGGAUCAGAGGAAAGUGGGUCCCUACCCUGUGGUGAAGCAGGAGCAGCUGUCCCCGCGGUGCUCGUCCUCCCAGGCAGAGAACCUGUCCACGCAGGGGGCGCCCCACGACGCCACCACUGGACGUGGGUCCAUGCCAGCGGUGCAGGGGGGCAGCAUCACGAAGGGCAUCCCUGGGACCAGAGUUCACCAGGACUCCCCCAUCUCCUACCGAGGAGGCUCCAUCACCCAGGGCACCCCGGCUGACGUUCUGUACAAGGGGACCAUAACCCGUCUGAUCACGGAAGACAAUCCCAGCAGGGCAGAGAGGGAGCGGGACGAGGCCCUGUCCAAAGGACAUGUGGUCUAUGAGGGCAUCAGCGGACACAUCCUCACCUAUGACCGCCUACCCUCUCAGAACCCUAAAGAAGACGGCCGGGGCCAGCCUGGGGAGAUCUUGGGGCUGAAGCGCCCCUAUGAUGUCAUGGAGGGAGGGAUCUCCAGGGGGCUGCCCAUGAGGGACUCUCUGUCUGCAGCCAACUGUGAGGGUCUGAUGGGUAGAGCCAUGCCCCAUGAGAGAGACAGCCCACACCCGACCCACCACAUCCGUGGUUCCAUUUCACAGGGUAUCCCCCGUCACCUUGAACCCCAGGAUGGCUACAUGAGGCGAGAGCCCAAGCAGAUGAAGAGAGAGGGCUCCCCGCCCCGAGGGCCUAGCCAGAUGGCUGACCCCAUGAAGGGCCGAGACAGCAUGGUGCCCACCGUGAAGGAAGGGGGCCGAUCCAUCCACCUCAUUCCCAGAGAGGAGCUCCGACAGAUGCCCGAAGGCAUGAUGAUGGCCAAGGCUGGCAAAGAUGGCAUCAUAGCACAGGGUGCUCCAAUGAAGCAGGAGCAGGGUGGCUUAAGGAAGGGGCAUGACGUUCGUUCCAUCAUCGCCAGCUCCCCGCGCUCCCACUACGGCAUGCCCCCUCACCUGGAGAUGCGGGGGCCUGAGCAGCGGGGCCGCUACGAGGAAGGUCCUAAGGGUCGUCCCAGCGCUGUGGUCAGCACGGCCAGCUCCAUGGCCCGCUCCUCGCCUCUGGCCAUGGGGGGCGAUCAGGGUGGCAAGGCCCACCACAGCCCCGUUGGCUACGAGGAACACAAGGGUGGCAUGAGGGCUCCCUACACUGGGCCUUCUCACAGAGGAUCCCCGCUGUCCAGAGAAUCAGGCCAGCGGCAGCAUGAAGGCUCCAAUAAGAAUCAGCCUCAGGAGCGCAAGUCCACACCCACUCCUAGGGAGAUGAACUCCGGCAAGUCACCGCUGUCGGGCGUUGCCGAGCAGCAGGCCCAACAACAGGCCCAACAACAGGCAUCCCUGGCGUCGUACGAGCGUCUGCUGCAGGGUCUGGGGGCUGACGUGUACCGAGGUCAGAUCCCCCUGGCCUUUGACCCUGCUGCCCUGCGUCAGGGCAUCCCCAUCGACCCAGCCUACUACCUGCCUCGUCACCUGGCCCCUAACCCUGGCUACCCUCACCCCUACCCCUACCUGAUCCGGGGCUUCCCCGACACAGCGGCCCUGGAGAACCGCCAGACGCUGCUCAACGACUACAUCACCUCCCAGCAGAUGCACCAGUGGCCUGCAGCCGCCGCCAUGGCUGCCCAGCGCUCAGACCUGCUGAGGGGGCUCUCACCACGGGACCAGCCCCUCCAACUGCCCUACUCUGCAGCCCCGCGCGGGUCUUCCGGCUCCCCCAUGGACCGCAUCACCUACAUCCCUGGAGCCUUCCCUAGCCAGCCAUACACGUCCUCUCCCAUCUCACCAGUUGGGCCCCAACACAUGAGCAAGCAGCACAGCACACCAUCCUCUGCUGACCGCGAGCGGGAGAGAGACCGGGAGAGAGACCGCGAGAGGGAGCGGGAGAGAGACCGCGAGAGGGACAGGGAACAGGAGAGAGAGAGGGAGAGGGAUCGCGAGAGACAACGAGACAGAGAGCGGGAGAGAGAGCGGGACAGGGACAGAGAAAAGGGGAUCUCUCACGGCAACGUGGAACACGCCCCCAUCUGGAGACCAGGCACAGAGCACAGCUCAGGUGGUAGUGUCAGGCCGUCCUCCCACUCUGGCUAUGGCCACCAGCACUCCCCGGUGUCCCCUCGCACCCAGGACAGUGUCCAGCAGAGGCCCAGCGUCCUGCACAACACUGGAGGCAAGAGUCUGCCUGUCAGCGACCACAACAACCCCUCUGUGCUAAGGUCCAUGCCAGGCUCAAAUCGCUACCCAGGCUACGCCUACCAACAAAGCAUGGACUCUAAGGAAAUGAGCCGGGAUGGGGGCAAGAGUAGGGGAGGCCUUCCCAAACACACCCAAGACCAACAUGGGCCCUCUAUAUCCUCCAGCAAAUCUGACCCCAAGCUGGCCAGCCCUAACCAAGGGGGUUACCCCAGCCCCUACCCCCAGGGCUCUUCAGCCUCUCACCACUCAGGGCGACCCCCUCACCUGCUGCCCCCCCAGUCGGAUAACGCUGCUGGCCGCGGAGAAAGUGGCACACCUAGUAGGGAAAAGACUCAAAACAAACCGAUGUCCGUUCAGGAACAAGAGCUCCGAUCACUCGCUGUCCCCUCAGUUCAACAGAAGAUGAUGCCCAUGGAGCAGCACGGUCUGUACCGGCCUCCCUCUGAGGAGAGGCUGUCCCCGGGCCAGCAGCCCCAGUCCCCACUGGUCAAAGGCAGCCAGAGGGUGGUCACCCUGGCCCAGCACAUCAGUGAGGUGAUUACCAAGGACUACACCCGGCAGAGCCAGCAGGCCCAGCAGCAGGUCCCUAUGCAGCAGUCUUACCAUAGCAACUCUGUCCUGGACCUGACCCGGCCCCCCAGCGCCCCCCAGGCCCCACCUGCCUCCCAGGAGCCCAGCCAGGGGCCUCGCUACACUCCAGAGGGAACCAGCGGGGAUCGUGCCCGAGACAGGUCCCCUCCUCAGCCCAAGGUGUCACCUGUCAAUAUGUCUACAGACGGCAUUGAGCCCGUGUCCCCUGCCGGAGCCAUGUCUGAACCAGAGACACAAGGGGCCUCCUACCCCAACGAGCAGGGCAUGGGCUCUCGCUCCCCUCCCAGCACCUCCCAGCCCCCAGCCUUCUUCAGCAAGCUCACUGAGAGCACCUCGGCCAUCGUCAAGUCCAAGAAACAGGAGAUGAUCAAGAAGAUGACCGUGGUCGGCAGUGACGCCGACUUCAAUCCUGGUCAGCCAGGAACAGAGAUUUUCAACAUGCCUGCCUCUACCACUGCAGGACCUGUGAGUAUACGCAGCCACCCGGCUCCCGAGGUGUCCGGUAACACCAUAGGGCUGGAGGCCAUUAUCAGAAAGGCCCUGAUGGGAAAGUAUGAUGAACAGGCCGAGGAGCGCCCUCCCUCCUCCACUGCUAUUAACCCCAUGGUUGCCAGUGUGCCUGCCGCUAUGCUCCCCGCUGAUGGAAGGACGGAGGACUCUUAUUCACUGCAAGGUGGGGGGAAACCAAAGGGCAGCGGGCGUUCUAAUGGGCGGAAGGCCAAAUCCCCCGGGCCGGGCCUGUCAGGGGGGGAGAGACCCUCCUCUGUGUCCUCUGUCCACUCUGAGGGGGAUGCCAACCGCCGCACGCCUGUCACCAACCGUGUCUGGGAGGACCGGCCCUCCUCCACAGGCGCAACACCCUUCCCGUGUAACCCCCUGACCAUGCGUUUCCCAAGUGGCAUGCCGGUGUCAAACCCCUCCCCCACCCCCUCUGGACAGAUAGGGGCUCAGGGCCAGGGCCGGUCCUGGGAGGAGGAGCCCAAGCCCCUGCUGUGUUCUCAGUAUGAGACCCUGUCUGACAGUGAGUGAGAGACCCUGCCAUGGAACAGAACAGCACCCGCCAACUAACCACCUCCACUGCUGCUGCAGACACACACACACACACACACACACACACACACACACACACACACACACACACACACACACACACACACACACACACACACACACACACACACACACACACACACACACACACACACACACACACCAUUCCACUCUACAGCUCCAUCUCCACCCAGCAAGGGAGUACGACAGGACCUGACCUCUGGGCCUCCCAUCUCACACAGCUGACUGACGAUCACAAGCACCGAUGGGGGUGUGCUGAAACACUGCUGCUCCGUGUGUUAGUGUUUCAGUGUAUGCAGUCACUCCAGGACUACUCUAAAGGACAAAUCACUUGGUUUUUUUUUUACUUCAUUUUUUCCCCUCUUACUGGCCUUAUUGAUACGGACACAUCAACUCAUGCGCUUGUUUGUAUACUGUUCUAGUGUCUUCUACGGUUUGUGGAAGGGACUUGGUACGGCCCCAUAAUCUGAUGCUCAUGUGUUUUCAUUUGGCCUGCGGAGUGAUUCACUUGCCCUGGUCAAGGAUGGAUGUGUCCUCUGCUCUGCUCUGUUCGGCCAUGUCAGGGCUCUAAACAGGGAUUCAACCUGGAUCUUCAGCUUGGAGAAGCCUGCUGCCUCCUCUGACCAGCAAACCCAACCAUAGUGGACAUGCAUCAGCACAGAAGUGUCUGUCUCUCUCUCUCUCUCUCUGUCUGUCUGUCUCUCUCGCUCUUUCGCCAGUGACCCCUUGGACAGGGUGUGAACCACACAGAGUUCUAUUUGGAAAGGUCUGCUAGGGAAGUGGUCUUCCUACACUGGGUCAUUUCACUGUGCGGAGGGCAGGCGGACAGGCAUGUAGCCAGGCAUGCCAUCUAUUGUACAGUACUGUGGACACUGAGUUCAGACGGCCUGUGUAUUUCUACUACUGUUAGAAUGCAUCAGAUGAUGGACAGGAGGAGAAAACCAACACAGGAAAACAAUGUCUUUAUUUUCUUUUCUCCUUUUUAAAUCCAGUCAGUCCAGUCCUGUGUUUGAAAGUGAGCUGAGACCUUUAGUACUUUUGAUCGUGAAUGUUUUGAUGGUGUCAGUUUAUCUCUUGUUUUCAAUGAUCUAUCUUCGGGGGUUUACAGGGUAUACAUGCUGUCCAUUGCUGAUGUCGUCAUACAUCUGAAACGUUACUGGAGGACGGUGGUGGCAUUAUGGUCUCCAGACAUCCAAUAGAGAGAGCGGUCUGUGGGUGUGAUGGACGGCACGAAGAGACGAGUGACACUUUCUGACUGUUUUUAUAUCAACCACAUCUGUGUUUUUUGUUGAGAAUGUUUUUGGAUGUUAAGCACUUAGUUGUCAAUUUGUUCACGACGGCAUUUUUAGGAAUCUGUUUCGGGCAGGCGAGAAUAUGGACUGGAGAAGACGAAUGUAGAGUCCUACUGUGGAGGCGUCCUCCUUUAACAUCUCUUUCAUUUAGUCUUGCCACCAACAUUCUUUAGUGCUCCCGAACUCCAGCGACAAUCACAGUUCUGGUGAAACAUUACCUAGUCCGCUUUGAGUGGGUGGAGACCAACCAUAAAGCUGCUUUAGGGCAAAUUUCCCAGCAUCAGAGUUGGAAUUUGCUUGCAUUACAGAGGUGACAAAUGAAAGCCAUCAAUGUUUCUAUGCCUCUUGGUCCAUGGCGGUGCUGGCUGUGGCUGUAGUGUGAGCCCCAGCUGGCCUGCUGGAAGCCCGUCUCUUGGAGGGAACUCCUAAUGUCUCUAGGGUCUGCCUGUUGUGACAGUCUGACCUCUGAUCUUUUACUGUCUAGAGGAAGAGGAGCUCUGCCUUACGCCAGGCCAGAUGCACCUUCUUAUCGAGACCUGAUUUUGUACAGUUAUAAGAUAUUUCUAGUGUUAAGUGCCAUUUAUUUUACAUAAUACAGUACUGAAGUUACCAAGUGACGCACAAUUUUCUUUAAUUUUUUUUCCCUAUCAUUUUUCUUCAUGCCAGGGUUAUACGUGUCCAUGCAGGGAAAUGUUGAAACCAAGAGCAGAUGAAACGUCCCUCUUUUGAUUUGAUUUUCUUUCUAAAUCUGUCACAGCCUUAGCUCUUAACCGUCACCAGAGGAGGUUUAAAAGUCCAACAGUUGGUGUUCGUUUUAUCAUGUGUGAUUUUACAUUUGUACCCAUUUUUUAAAGGCCAUCUCUUUGUUGUUGAUGUGGUAUGUGACAGUGUUCAUGGCUUGUAAUUGAGUGUUGAAGCAAGAGACGCACAGCUAUUCUCAGUGUGACUGUUGUUGAGGGCGACUGCGGUGUGUUGUCCUGUCCGGGCCACUAGUUGAGAGCGGGUUGAGUUAGUCGUGAUGGAGACUUGUUAGUCAUGAACAUGUGUAACAGUUGUUGGACUGCCUGUGCUCUCCCCCCCCCCCCCCCCCCCCCCCCCCCCCCUUCAUCUUCACUGGAUAAUGUAACGCUUCUUACCCUGACUACCUCAACUGGUCAUGUUUUACAUCUAGUCAGUCAAGGUGGAGGUCAAAUUAGACGUUUUGAACCGGGCCCAAUAAAACAGUUUUGGCCUCUCUACUUGUAUAUCAAUUUACUAUUCAUUAAGUUGUUGGGAGAGCAAAGUGACAGUACAUUUUGACAUGAUAGGAAGACAGAACCAUAUCUACAUUUUAGCUAAAUAAAUAGCAGAGGAAACGAGAAGAAUCCGUUUGAAAUGUACUGAUGUGUAUUUUAAGGAUGGAUGUUUUCCCCCUCUGGUUUCUGUUUGUUCUUUACACUGCCUGCUUUGAUUACUGUCAUGUCACUCUCCGUGCUAGAAGUUAGCCUUUCAUUUGUAAUGAAAAUAAUCAUUCAAGACGAACGAUAAAGCAAUCAGUCGGAUGGCCGAUGCGAUCCCUGUAUUGUACAAGGGUGGGCGGGAGAGAUGGCAUUGACAAAUGUUCAACCAUAUUGUGCAUAAUGAUUUCUUUUUUUAUUAUUAUAACCCACUGUAUAAUAGCAAGGAUUGUAUAUAGAACUGAAAAGAUGUAAAUAUUUAUGUGGCUUGCUGCAAGGUUGGUAUUUACAGAAAAACUAUUCGCACUGUUUAAUUCUACAUGCCCACCAGCAAGCUUUGUGGAGAGCAGUGUAACAAUGAAAAUUUAAAAAACACUGCCUUAAUGUUUAAAUAAAAAGCUUAUUGCCAUUGAAACUUA